AUGGAUGCUAGAUUUUACGACUGUUUCAUCUUUGAUCAGCUGAGAAAGUUGGCUAUUGAGGUUCAACUUGUCUCAGAUGUCGAAAACCUGAAGAAGAUCUUCACCGAGUGUGAACCGGUGUUGAGAACGUUAGACCUUGGCCUCCGCAAGAAGUAUUUGGACAUCCUCUCCGAUCUACUGUCUGAAUUCAACUCGCCAGUGUUGCAGAAACUUGUGCCCAUAGCUUCCUGCCUCGAAAACGACUUCACCUUCUCCCGUCUUCGCGGGUGCAUCGUCGAGCGCAUCGGCAUAGGCUUCCCAGUGCAUCGGUUGCACUAUUUGCGCCACCAUCAUUCAUCCCGCUGGGACAUACUUUGGGAUGGGAUCGAUAGCGCGCUCUCGUCGACCACGGUGUUUCCUUCCUUGAACGAGGCCGCGGCUUUUGAGAUACCGAAUAACCCCCUGAAUAACAGAGUCUCGAUGAUCCCCGACGUGCACGACCUUCUCCCCAGGACUGCUUUCCGGGGUGUUCUCCUGUCGCAGUCUAAAUAUCACGGAUACGCCCGCAGACCAAGGGAGCUCGCUGGAAAACUCGCUGCACGUAUAUCCGCUUCUUUUUUCACCGCGGAGAGUCCCCGAAGAGACGAGGGCUCCGAGAACGAGAUGAAGGAAACCAAACACGCACCUCUUACGUACCGGGUGAAACCUGCAGAGACACCCGAUGACCUCAAAAGAUGUAUGGAUAUCAGAAAAGCAGUAUUCAUUGACGAACAGGGUUACGACAUAAGUAUAGAGACCAAUGAGAGCACUCACUUCCUCAUGACGCUUCCUGACACCGGUGAACCCGUCGGCACGGUCCGAGUCAUCAAUACGAGCGGCCAGGUAUAUCAAAACGUAGCGCAGAUUGGUCGGGUCGCGAUCCUCAAACCUUACCGGGGGCGUGGCUGGGGUAGACCGUUAAUCGAAACCGUGCAUGAGUAUGUUCGGUCCAUCGGCGGGACAGAGGUUUGGUGUCAAAGCCAAGCUAGUGACCCUUCGAAGGGAGGAGUCGAUGCCACCGCGUUCUAUAAGCGCCUCGGUUAUGUAGAACGAGGGAGCAGAUACAUAAAGGAGGGGACUGAACAUCAAGAUAUGGUUCUCAGCCUGAUAUGA